GUGAAGGGCAGCAAACAAUCAAUCACAUCGGCUCAGAUCAGUAAAAAAAAUUGAAAUCUCAGACUCCACCGCGAUUUCAUUUGCAUAAGCACUUCUCCACCGUGAUUUCAAAAUUCAAUGUCCUCCUCACUUUCCCUUCUUUUCACUCUCUUCGCUCUCUCGUUGCUAACCACCUCUUUCUCCGACAGCAGCAGGAAAGAAUUAAGGAACAAACAUGAAUCUGUGUUAAUGCAGUUACGAAGUUCUGUUUAUUAUUCCAACAGAAUUGAUCCCUCACGUGUUGUCCAAAUCUCUUGGCAACCAAGGGUCUUUUUGUACAAAGGUUUUUUGUCAGAUAAGGAGUGUGACUACCUUCUUUCUUUGGCACAUGAUGUAAAAGAAAGAUCAUCAGGAAAUGGUGGUCAUUCAGAGGAAGAUGAAACUUCAUUGGAUAUGGAUGAUGAUAUUGUCAAGAGGAUUGAAGAAAGAAUUUCAGUUUGGACUUUCCUUCCUAAAGAGAACAGCAAGCCUUUACAGGUCAUGAGUUAUGGACUUGGAAAGGAUAAGCGGAACUUCAAUUUUUUCACAAACAAGCCCAACUUGGAAUUAACUGGACCAUUGAUGGCAACAGUGAUUCUAUACCUCUCAAGUGAUACUCAAGGGGGUCAAAUUGUCUUUCCCGAAUCAGUGACCAAGAGUAGCAGCUGGUCAAAUUGUAGAAAUAGUAGUGACAUUCUCCAACCAGUAAAAGGGAACGCCAUUCUAUUUUUCUCUCGUAACCUAAACACAUCUCCUGACAAGAGUAGCUUCCACACCCGAUGCCCUGUCCUUAAAGGCGAGAUAUGGUCUGCUGUUAAAUACUUCUACGCAAGACCAAUCAGCGGAGGGAAAGUCUCAACCACAUCAGAUGUUGAAGAAUGUACUGAUGAGGAUGAUAGUUGUGCCGCUUGGGCGGCAAUAGGAGAAUGUCAACGAAACCCUGUCUACAUGAUUGGAUCUCCUGAUUAUUAUGGUACAUGUAGGAAAAGUUGUAAUGCUUGCUGAACAAAAGUUGGUUUCCACAAAAACUAUGAUGUGUUUGGUUUUUAAAUUGAUUAGAGAAUAUAUAGGAAAAUUUAGUUGAGUGAAUUAACUAGUAUUCUCAAGAUGGUCUUUAGCAACUAAAGAUUUUGUAAUAAUCGGGUUAGAUUCAUUAUUUUUUUAUAAAAGGUAAUAGAGUUCCUAAGUAGUGAGUAUUCAAAUGUAAUCAAUAUACUGGUAACAUCUAUUAAAAGGGGUUACUUAACAAUAGAAUGAACCAGAGUUGAAAUGUAUAAUGGAAGAGUUGUUGACAUUUA